ACAAUGAAAAAACACACCCUUAAAUAACUUUAAUAUUCAAUUAACGACAUGAACAUGCUACAAACAAAAACGUUGGAGAAAAUUGUAUAUAUUUCAGAUAACAACAGUUAUGAGUUACAAAUUUUUCGUCCAAAUGAAUUUUAAAAAUUCGCAUACUUAUACAUUUUUGAAACUUGUUAUAUGAUGUUUUGUUACAUUUAACGUAUAUACAGCCGCUGAACUAGCGAAUAACGUCAGCUUUGAUGUAUAAUAAGAUACGAGCUUUCUUGGUAGAGUUGAACGAAAUCAUUAGAGGUUGUUUAGCCUAAUUUUCUAGUGGAUGUUAAUAUUGGUGUUCGUUAUUUGAAUAAUAAAGGUUAUUAUAUUACUAACUACAUUUCAACGGAAAGAUGGCAAAUAUUGCAGGAAUACCAGAAAUUAGAGUCUACUCACCUUCAGGAGAUGAAAGAAAGGAGACAGAGUUGAUACACAGGUCUGGAAAUUCUUUGACAAAUGUUAGUGUUAGUGAAAAUAUGGGCUUUUUAAAUACUGACGUUCAUGGAAGCUAUGAAAAAGCUGUUGAACAUUUGUCAGGUACAAGGAUUUCUGUUACUCAACCUAAAUCAGUUUUCUAUAAUCAUACCGACACAUUUGUGAAACGUGAAAAUGUUUUCAAUAUGAGGCCUUAUAAUUUAGCUAAUUUUCAAGCAAACUCAGGUACGACCUAUAGAACUAGCUACAGGUCUCAAACUGUGGCAAUAAAUAGGGCAAAACUUGGUUGUACUUUUAGUCCAGCAAAAUCUCUUGACUUGUUAAGGCAAAAUAUUCAGAAAAGUAUCAACAGAGAAAUUGAUGAAAUAUUACAGAAAUAUUUAGAAAAAUUCUUUAGGCCUGGAAUUGAAAACAUAAAAAUUAACAAUGGUGAAAAUUCUGUAUCUGAGCAACAUGUUCAACAUGUAUGUCGUCAGAUUUUGGAGGAAGCCAAGAAAAUGUACCAUUGGAUACAUUCAAGAGGGAAUAGUCCAGCUGCAGAAUAUUCUGAUUCUGAAAACCACUAUCCAAGAGAUGCAAAAAUGUGCAGAGCAUCACAAAGAAGCCCAUUUUCAAGAAAACGCAAAGAGUCUGACACUGAUUCUGAAGCAAGUCUCCCUAUGCCCAAGCCAAAAAAGAAAAAAGGUAGACCACCAAUUCAUUUUCAAGGUGGACAGUCAGGACGUAGUACCCCUGUUAAAAUGAAGGCUGGAGACACAGUGAAACGAGAAGGACCAAAAUGGGACCCUAUUCGUUUAACACCAGAUACAAAAUUCAUUAUGGGUGCUAAGGCAAAUAAAGCCCUUGGAUUUGGAGCUACACGUGGCAAGUUGUAUAUCAAACAUGCUGAACUUUUUAAGUAUUCUGGGGACCAAGAAGACAAACAGUGGCUGCAUGAAAACAAUUUGAUGCCUGCUACUGGAGGGAAAGCCUAUAUGAUGAUUUUGGAUGAUAUAUGGGAAUUAGCAGAAUCUGACGAGUAUCGGAAUAAUCCUGGUGUCAUGGUGAAUCAGAUAGUUGGGUUUACUGUGCCAGAAUACAUCAUUCAAAAAAUGAAGAUUGCCAUGCAGACCAUGCGUACAGACAUACAAGGGAAAAAGCGGACUCGGCCAGCAGCACUACUAGAUAACAGCAGUGAUCGAAGUAGUCAGAAGUCAGAAGCAGGAACAGAUGAUAAAACUCAAGAAGAAGGGUCCAGAACAGUUUCACCUGCAGAUGAAUUAGACUUGCUUGGGGCAGAGAUGCCAUCAACAAAUCCAUCACCUUUCAGUUUAGGUGGUGGUUUUGAAGCUAUUAGUCCAGCUCAGGAAGUGUCUCCUUCACCAUCAGAGUUGAGCACUUCUAUGGAGCCUCCACUGACAGCACCUUUUGACAUCGGACCAUCAAGUUGACUAACAUGGUCAACAUGAUUAAUAUUAUCUUGUACAUUUGAAUAUUUUAUUUCUGUAAUAAGAUAACCCUUAAGACCUUCAAGGUUAUCCUUGGAAAUCCACCCUUGAGAAAAUUUAAAAUGUAGACCAAUCCUUUUCUAUUGAGAAAAAUCAUUAAGUCUUAAUGGUAUAACAAUCUAAUUUUAUCUUUUAUGCCUUAUUUUAUCUUUGCUUUGUCUCGACUGAGCUUUCUUACAGAAAGAUAUCAGGAUCUAACUGGUCUGAUUUGACAUUUAAUCUAGAAAAAUGACUAUGAUCUGAGGACUUUCCAUUUUAUAAAAUGUUACAUUGAAAGUUGAAAUAAGUACAAAAACUGAAUGGCCCGAUAAUUAUUCAGCAAAGAAAGUUAAAUUAAAACAAGCUGUUGUUUAUAAUUUUAAUUGUAGUAUUGAAAAAGUAGAUCUGUCCCAACUUAUCCUGUACAUAUUAAACUUUAAUAUAAUAAUAAUAAUAAUAAAUAUAAUUUAAUAAUAUAAAAAUUACCAGCAAUAUAGUACCUUGGGAAACUUUGGAAGAAGCCAGAGACACCCAUUUACAUGAUUUAUUUAUUGUAGGUUUAAUUUAGUAAGACUGUAGCUCAAAAGGGCUAAGACACAUUUGUAGAUUUAAUAUGAAAUUUGUAGUUAGUAAAGGUUGAGGGUAUGUAUCAAAUGGAAAAUAAAAAGUGACACUAUCCAACCUAACUGUACUGUUUAUGUCACCGGAGCUAUUAGUUUUCACAUCACAUACUACUGCUAACACAUCUUUUUAAAUGAUUUUAAAAGUUUUAACAAUUAUGUAUUAUUUUUUUAAAACAAGAUAUGUAGGAAUGGUUAAUUUUCUUUUUUAGAUUUUGAAGUUUCUUAUAUAAAUUUGCAAUAAACCAUGUAAUGUUUAUCAUUUAGUACUUAUUCCUACUUUUCAAGGAUUGGAGAUGAGUUAAUGUUUUUAUUGAAAAACUAGACAAUGUUUAAAAUAAUAUUUAACAUCUGCCUAUUGUUUUUAACUGCAUAAUACUUCACACAUAAAGGCCAUUUUGUCAUGAAAGGAAAUCAUUUUGUAGUCUGUAUUUUAAAGAUACAAUUAAAUUUUAUCUGUUGUUAAUUUUUUAUUCUCUUUAUGUUAUACAACUGUUUACCACAAAAUGUAAGAAAAGUCUCACUAUCUUUGCAAAAUCACUUAAGUCACAAUAGGGUGGUUAUUCGUUAUUUACAAAGUGUUGUUAAUAACUUUUUCACCACACAGAGUUAUAAAGAAAGCAUUUAUUUAUUUAGUAUUUCAGUAACAUGCUUAUAGACAAUUAGUUAAAGUUAUUUUUUCUUUGAGAACAAAUAUAAAUUAUGUGGUUGUUCUAAGCCAUAUAUAACUUAUUGUAAUUUUUUUUAUUUGUUUGAUGUAUGUACUGUAAUUUUCUUAAGUGGACUUAUGAAAUAACUUGCUAGUAUUGUAUGAAAUUGGUUAACAUUGGUAUAUAAUUGAAAAUAUAAAAUAAUAUAGUGACAGAAGGUCAACUUAGGUCAUGUCCAAUUUAAAGAAAGUGAGAAAGAGAAUGCUUUAUUGCAUCAUUAAUUGGUGGAUGGUUUAUUACUGUUACUAAAUUUUUUUGAAUAUAAAUUAACACUUGCUAAAACCUAUAGAUCCUCUUAAAACAUUUUGUCAGUACUUUUCUGAAACAGUGAACCUAAAUGUAUUUAAACUGUAUUGAAUAACUUAUGUUAUUAGUAUUCAUCACCCCAGUACACAUACUAGAAAAUGUUAAUCCUUACCUAAACAAGAGGCAAUACUGCAUAUGUAAAAGUCUGUUUUGAACUGUAAUAUGUUACAUUUGUAUAUAAUGGUCAAAUGGUUUUGCCCAUAGUAUUAGUUUCAAAGAACAGUAUUCUUGUUUUUUAAUUUAUAUCUGUUCAAAUGAGUAAGUUGAAGUAUUUACUCUCACAGAAUCAAUGGUAUGAUCUGUUAGUUAGUGUACAGCAUUGAGGGUCUAUAGUUUGUGUCUUAUUGUUGUAAAAUCUCACUAUCCACUUUGAGAUCAUAGCUAUAAGAGUGAUAGUCAAAUCCUACUAUUUCAUUAGAGUAGCUCAAGAGCUAGCAUUUGAUGCUGUUGACCAGCUGCCUUCCCCUCUAUUAGUUCAAAAUUAGAUAUGCCUAGUCCAGAUAGCCCUAAUUUAGCUUUGCACAAAUAUUUGAAAUGAACAAAACCAAUUCACAGAAUCAAAAGAUGGAAAUUUAAAAUCAGACAACAUGUUGUAAUUUGUACCUUUUCCAGCAGAUUAGUUGAUUAGAUCCUUGUUGUAAGAAGAUUUUUAAAAAAAAAUAUUGCCAUAUAUAACUUUGAGUCAUCAAUUUCAGUAUUAAUUUUCUUUUUCACUACUUUGAAAUGUUCUAACAAUUACGAUUCCAUCAUUGCAGUCACAAUUGGGUAUUUUCAUAUAAUGGAAUGUCAGCAUUGCUCACACAACAUCCAAAGUUUAUUCUUGAACAUCUUACACUUAUUGCAUGUCUUUACACUUUUCAAUGAAAAACAAAUUUUUCCAGCAAGUAAAAACAAAUACAUUUUUCUUUUCCACACUCCUGCUUACAGGCAGUUUUAUUGUGAUUAUUUUUGUAAUAACUACAUAAAAAAGGACUAAAAGUUUUUGUGAUUUCCAAAUCACAAAAUUUACAUUCUGAAGUAACAAUCUGAUUUGUGAUAUUUGAUCUUUAUGAUUGGAUUAACUUGUUCUUUUAACCUUUUGAUGCAUCUGUUGAAAAUACUAAAUAAAACUUUACCAUGAUGUAUUUUCAUAAUUUAAUUUAUUGAGAGGUUUCUACUUGUAAUUGCUCAUAAUUUAUAAACACAGAAAUUAUAUGAAUAUUAUUACUGUCAUUAUAUGUCAUACAUCUAUUCAGAAAAUAUCUAAAGAUAAUAGUCAUAUUAGGAUUUGUAUGUUUUUAUUUCAUUUAAAAAAUUUGCAUUAAUAGAAAUAGUAAAACUUCGAAAAUUUAAGUGUUCUCUGUUAUUCUUGUUCAUGUAAGAUAAAUAUGUUAUUUUGAAGUAAAAUUCUAAAAACUUAUGGGCAAAAGCAAAGAAUAAAAUGUUAUAUGUCAACUAUAUCUUCUAUAACCAGUGCUUACAAGGCCUUUUGCUCAAUACAAGCUUUAUCAGGCCAGCUGAGAUACUACAGACAUAGUAGCAGUAUAGGUGCUCUAUAUUUACAAAUCAGAUUUUUGAGUUUAAGAAUGAAUAACACAACAUCAUUAAUGUCACAUGCUUGACCUGUUUUACAGUAAUUGAUUUUAAAUUUGUGAAAAAGUUAAGUUUCCUAAGCACUCUGUUUCUUCUGAUUAAAGUAUUUAAUUUACAUGUUAUCCUACCUUAUACAAUACCAAAAUUAAUUUUUACUUUAAAGAAAAUAAGUCAAUAACAAAAUGAUGUCAAUUUUUAUGUAAAGUAACAAAUGUUCUAUUUCAGGAUAGUGACUUUUAAACACAUGGUUUUUGACUGACCAAUUAUCAGUGGUAUAAGAAAAGUUUUGUUAAAUACAAGAGUUCAUGAAGCAAAUAAAAAUAAUAUUUAGUUGUUUU